UUCUUUGUAGAGGCAUUGGAAGACCUGGAUAAGGAGUAAGCACACUGUGCAUAGAAAACUGCGGUACCUUCCAAGCCCAGAGAAGGGGGGAGCAGGAACAGAUUUGGAAAAAGGGAUUAUAAUCACCUUUCCAUCUAAGGAAAAGCUAGGAACCUCAUUUUGCUUCAAGAAAACAAAGCUGUGAGCCAGCUUUUGCCAAAGGUCUAUUAAGUGGGUGAAAUGGGCCUUUUGCUCCUGAUCCGACCUCUGCCGCAGCUUUCUCUUGUAGCACAGCCAGUUUCCUCUGAAGCCAAUAGGCUCUGGACUGGGGCCAAACCGUGCCUCCUGCAGUUAAAGGAGUCCGGUGGACAAACGGGCUGUUUUUUCUCUUCCCAGUGAUGACACUGACCAUUUUUAUCCUCCGGCUGGCCGUCAGCGUCCUGCUACUUCCCCUGUUCUUGCUCAACUUUCUGGGCUUGUGGACCUGGAUCUGCAAAAAAUGGUUCCCCUACUUCUUGGUGUCGUUCAGUGAGACAUACAACAAACAGAUGGCCAGCAAGAAGCGCGAGCUCUUCAGCAACCUGCUGGACUACGCAGGCCCCUCCGGGAAGCUCUCCCUGCUGGAGUUGGGCUGUGGAACCGGGACCAACUUCAGGUUCUAUCCGCCUGGAUGCAGAGUGACCUGUGUUGACCCCAACCCCAACUUUGAGAAGUUCUUGAUCAAGAGCAUUGCUGAGAAUCGACACCUGCAGUUCGAGCGCUUCAUGGUGGCCUCCGGGGAGAACAUGCACCUGCUGCCCGAUGGUUCCAUGGACGCCGUGGUCUGCACCCUGGUCCUGUGCUCCGUGGAGAGCCAGGAGCAGACCCUCCAGGAGGUGUGCAGAGUGCUGAGGCCGCGCCCCCUGCGGCGGAGCAGCGGGAGGGACAGGAGAUCAGCUCCGACCGGAGGAAGGAGAAGAGCACGAAACUGUCCGAACUGGCCGAUCAGAGGAGGCGGCGCAUUUCUGGCAUUUGCUGCGUUACUUGGAGGGGCUUUUUAUUUCAUGGAGCACGUAGCAGCUGAGCGUUCGACCUGGAAUUACUUCUGGCAACAGGUCCUGUGCCCGGCCUGGUACCUUUUGUUUGACGGGUGCAACCUGACCAGAGAGAGCUGGAAGGCCGUGGAGAAGGCCGGCUUCUCCAGGCUGCAGCUGCAGCACCUGCAGGCCCCGCUGACCUGGGAGCUGGUGCGCCCCCACAUCUACGGAUAUGCUGUGAAAUAGCGCGAGAAAUAGCGCGAGCAGGGAGUGAAGAGCUGAAUGAACCGCUCGAGUGAUUUAAGGCUUCAGUUUUACACUUACAAUGCUAAUUGGGAGAAGAGAAACCCUUUUUCAGAUAAAGUUGAAUUUCAGCCCCAAAAGUUCACAUUUAGCCAUUUACAUUUACCCUAUUUAGCCAUUUUCUAUUACCUCCCAAAAAAAUCAAAAACAAAACAGCUCUGAACUUUCCCUUAAAAGGAAAUCGUGAGGUUUGUCCAUUGAAGUCUACCAUUAUCUCCAAACCUUGGUUUAUUCAGUAACUUCAGAAUGUUUCCAAAUGUCUUAUUUAAGUUGUACCCAGCAGAUUUGAAUUUCACCUCCUCUUUGAGAGCAUGGUAAAAUAAGCAGUUAAAUCAUGCAAAAGAAGACUUGGAAAAAGGAGAAAUAAAAAGAUCUUGCCCUGGCUGGUGUAGCUCAGUGGAUUGAGUGCAGGCUGUGAACCAAAGGGUCGCUGAUUCGAUUCCCUGUCAAGGCACACGCCUGGACUGUGGGCCAGGUCCCCAGUGGGAGGUGGGCAAUAGGCAACCACACAAUGAAGUUUCUCUCCCUCUUUCUCCCUUCCCCUCGCUCUAAAAAUAAAUAAAAUCUUUAAAAAAGAGAUAGAGAUCUUAAUGACUCACAAGCUGAAUAGAUACACACUAGCUGAAAAUCCAAAUCUAAACAGCACAGAUUUGUUAAAUCUGAAUCUCUUUGUUCUUAAGUGUCACUGGGCUGGCCCUAGUUCUGCCACCCCCGUCACACCUUUUGUUCCUCUGUCCACCCCAGUGUGUCUGCGUUCCAGUCUUCGGUCCUUAAGAUGCAACUGUCAGAAUUCUGUCUGACACUUCAGUAUAUCCAUGAAACUACCUGAGACAGUUAAGGUUCUUGGGUUCAUUUUCCUUAUACUCUUGCAUAUACUUUGCCGAAUGCAGUAAACCAUAGGCAAGGAAGAGACCCAACUGUAAUCAGGAAAUAUUUUUUCCUAAUUAGGUAUACCUAAUUAGGUAUAAUUAGGUACACUUUGUAAGAGUCCCUAAAAACCAGCAAUCUGUGAGCCUGUAAAUAGACAGGUAUUUUUUGGAUUAUUUGAAUGAAACUGCCACCCCUCUCCCAAGAUGAUGUCUUUGUGUCUAGCAACCAAGUGCUUUCAAAACAAGUGUUGAGUUGAUCAGACAGAAGGUUUAAGAGUAGGAUCUUCAGCAAUAAUUUACAUGUAUUCUCAUAAAUUUAGUAAAUUUUCUGGGAUGAUUUUGCAAAGGGACUACUUUAAAUAUCAAAUCAAUAAAUUCAUAUGCGUUUUAGGAAUGAAAAUAAAAUAAGUGGUUUAUAUA